GAGGAAAAACCGAAGUGAAAGAAAGGAAAGUGAAAAUCUGCAAUGCUAUCACUAAAGCUGGUACGAUCUCUAAUUCUAGGAGGAGAAACCAGUAACAGCAACAGCAGCAGCAGCAGCGACAAUGAAACCAAAACCCCAUUGCUUCUUUUCCUCCCAACCAAAGAAAUUGUAAAAGAUACAUAUAGAUUAGCAACCAUUGCUAGAGAAAUGGGCAUGGAUUUAUACCCUAAUCCAUCUCUCUCUCACAUCAUUUUCUCAUGGCCACCAUCAUCUUCAUCACCUUCUUCUUCUUCUGCAUCAAGUGCAUUAUUACCCUCAUCCCUAUGGUCAUCUACAUCUUCAUCAUGGCCAUCUUCAUUACCUCCAAACUUUGUUCCACUUCCAUUUCCUUAUCUCAUCACUGCUUCCGUUACUCAAUUGCGUUGUUUUGUUCAACUCUCUAAAGGCCUAUUCAAGCUUGUUUUUCACCACACUAACAAGAAGAAGAUUCUUAGUGAAGUUAGUAAUUGGGAUUGCUCUUCACUUUCUUUGUUUUCUAGAGUUACUGGUGAUAGAAUUGAUUCCAUGGAUCACUUUUCUAGGGUUCUUGCUGGAUUGGGUUGGACUCUUUUCAAGACUAAGAUUAAUCCAUCACUUGUUUCUAAUGAUUUUGGGUUUGUUGGUCCUAGUUCUGUUUAUCUCUUUAGGAAAGUCGAUUCCAGUCGUGUACAGAAUGGUGAUUUUAGAAUGAGGGAGUUGAGAUUGCCUCAUUUGGAUUUCAAAAAUGCUCCUUUGAGGAUUUUACAUUAUGUACUUCUUAUGACUGAUGAUGUCUUCUAUCUCGCUUAAUAUCGGUUUGUAUUGUUUCUCAUUUCUAUUGAAUGUGUCUCUAUGAAUGUGUAUAUGUUUACAAGAACUUGCCUGU